AUGUUUUUCAGCUUGGCCUCCUCCAUCUGGCCUCACUCACAUGGCACCGACACCACCGCCGGACUCCUUGGCGCUGCCGUUGCUCUCCUCUUGGCCGCCUGCCUCUUCUCGAUUCUCCGGAAACGGGACAAACGGCUUCCCCCAGGCCCGACCCCGUGGCCCUUCGUGGGCAGCCUCAUCCAGUUGCACCGGCACCGGCCUCACUUCCGGUGGGUCAUGGCCGAGGCGGACGGCAAGGACAUCACUUGCAUACGCCUGGGGAGCGCCCACGUCGUCGUCGUCAACUCGCCGGAGCUGGCGUGCGAUUUUCUCAAGAGGCACGACGCCAACUUCGCAUCGCGGCCGCUCACCGUGGCCACCAAGCACUCCAGCCGCAACUUCCUCUCGGUUGUCGUCAGUCCUAUGGGUCCGCAGUGGAAGAAGAUGCGGCGCGUGAUCGCGUCCGAGGUGCUGAGCAGCGCAAGGCUGCACUGGCUGGCGGCGGCGAGGACCGAGGAGGCCGACCAUCUCACUCUGUACCUGCGCAACCUGUGCUUGGCCGGAGGUGGCAGCGUCGUCGACAUUCGGCUGGCAAUGAGGUACUACAGCGGGAAUGUGAUAAAGCGGAUGAUCUUCGGAGUGAGGCACUUCGGGGCCGGCGGCCCGCACCAAGGCCCCGGAGAGGAGGAGGUGGAGCACAUUGAGGCGGCGUUCUCGAUGCUGUCGGUGAUCUACGCCUUUUGCCCGUCGGACUUCGUGCCGUGGCUGAGAUGCCUGGAUUUGGAAGGCCAUGAGAGGAUAGCCGAGCAGGCGGCGAGCACCGUCUACAAGUACCAUGAUCCGAUCAUCGAUGAAAGAAUCGAGAAGUGGAGGAGCGGAGAAAAGAAGGGAGUGGAAGACCUUCUCGAUGUCAUGAUCUCCCUCACCAACGACUCCGGCAAGCCGAUGCUCAGCACUGAGGAGAUUAAAGCUCAAUGCGCGGACUUCAUCUAUGCCGCUGUGGACAAUCCCUCAAACACAGCAGAGUGGUUGUUGGCACACUUACUGGAACGACCUGACAUCAUGCGAAAAGCCGUUGAGGAGUUGGAUCGGGUGGUCGGCAAGAAGCGAUUAGUAGUCGAAUCUGACUUUGCUCGACUCCCCUACCUGAAGGCAUGCGCUCGCGAGGCUAUCCGUCUCCACCCAGUCGCAGCCUUCAACCCCCCUCACGUAGCCAUCGAUGACGCGGUCGUUUCAAACUUCUUCAUCCCCAAGGGGAGCAUGGUGUUGUUGGGUCGAGCUGCACUCGGGCGAAAUCCCAAGGUUUGGGAGGAUCCGACCCAGUUCAACCCGAGCCGACACUUGAUGGAUGGACACCAAGAGGUGGAGCUAGCAGAGCAAGGCCUCCGAAUGAUAUCGUUCACCAUCGGGCGUCGACAGUGCAUGGGAGCUCAGCUUGGCACGGCAAUGACCUACAUGUUGGUUGGAAGGGUGCUUCAAGCGUUCGAGUGGAGCUUACCUGCCGACGAGACUAGCAUCGACCUCUUGGAGGAAAGGAUGAGCCUCUUCAAAGCCAAACCUCUGAUGGCUCGUGCAAAGAUUCGAUUGCCAAAUUUGUUAGAGAAUUUAUGA